AUGCGAAUACCGAUUCGCGUGCAGCUUGGAAGUCUUAUACUGCUAGCCGCCCUCAUUGGUCUUGCGGUCAUAUCGAUAGCAGUAUGGGUCACAGUACAGGACUUUGUGCUCAAUCUGCGAGCUUCACGCCUCAGCCAGGUCGCAUCUUUGAAAGCUAUGCAAUUGGCGUCCGGGCUGGACAUGAUGCAGACUUCAGUCAGCUUUGUUGCUUCAAGAGUUCUGCUUCAGCGUGCUCUCGGCCGCUAUAACAAUGGUAACAACACGGAACAAAAUUGGACCAAUGCAACGCAGGACACGUUGGCAGCGAUUGGAGGAGACCUUUCAUCGGGACAAGCUCUGCUUCUACAGGCCAGGAUACACGGCAGGGACACCACGGGUCCAGCCGGUCUACGACCACUCUUGAGCGCCACCGCGAACAAUGCACAAGAGAUUGAGCUACCCUAUACAUUCGCAAACGGGUCGCGAGCAACACUCGGUAGUAGUCCUGACGGGCUUGGCUAUCCUCCUUGGCUGUAUCCAAACUUCACAUAUUCGACCGGCCCAUCGAUGAACGGGGUCGUUUCCUCACGAGCUACUUAUGACGGCGCAACAAUACAGGCAGGGACCGACAGGUCAAGUCUGCUUCUAGGACCGUGGGUCAUUAAUGACUCCUUAUCCUUGGUCUCGAUCACGGUUCCGAUCGUUAAUAACACGGGUCAGGACGAGACUCUAGGAUGGUUGACAUGUAUCUUGAAUGGUAGUCUUAUCUCAUCUGUCAUGGACGACCGAGAAGGCCUGGGCGAUACUGGAGACACGAUCAUCCUUGGGCCAGCGACCAGCUCCAACUUUUCCCCCGUGCCUGCAGCGAACAACAGUGAUGGCAAGCCUGAAUUCGAAGUGCGAUAUGUUCUACCGCUUAGUAAGAAUUACAGGAAAAGACAUCCUGACCAUGUCCGAGGAACCGCCAAUCCCCCGUUCAAUGCUUCGAGAUCCCGUACAAUCUACAAAGCUGUCGAGCGAGGGUACCAGAACCCCAUGAAUGCUUCAGGGUCAAGUAUCAGAGCCCAGACGGAGGCAAAGCAUCCUGUCAGCAUUGGAUUUGCCAAGAUGAACAGCCCUCUGGUUGACUGGACACUCCUGGUCGAGCAGUCACGCAAAGAAGUUUGGCGACCCAUCAGCAAACUCAGGAAUGUCAUAAUCGCCUGUGUUUUCGCCACAGCCGCGCUAAUGGCCGUCAUUGCAUACCCAUUGGCACAUUUCGCAGCAUUGCCAAUCGUAAGGCUAAGAGAGGCUACUCAGAGGUCUAUGGACCCUCCUCGUAGCAGGCUUGGCGUCAGUCAAUCCAGCUCCGAAUCGCUUCGCUCUAGAGGAGGACAUGACGGUGAUGGGCAAGACAACCAAGCACAUGGCGACCACACUGGAGAAGCGAGAAAGGAAGGCUUUUCCAAUCCCGUGUCAAAGUGGAAGCGGAAGCGGCAAGAAGCUGCUGAUGCUAAGCGUGAUGAGCGCAAGAAGCGUGUCUUUCGCAUACCAGGCAAGGUGAAGGAACGAAGAUCUUGCCUCCACGAUGAAUUGUCCGAUUUAACAACGACUUUCAACGCGAUGUCGGACGAGCUCAUGAUGCAGUACUCGAGGCUCGAGGAACGUGUCCAGCAAAGGACAGCAGAGCUGGAGUUCAGCAAAAAGGCGGCCGAAGCUGCGAACGAGAGCAAGACUCUGUUCAUUGCCAACAUUAGCCACGAGUUGAAGACCCCACUCAACGGUAUCUUGGGUAUGUGCGCCGUCUGCCUGCAGGAGGACGACCCCACUCGGCUCAAGCGUUCACUAGGGAUCAUUUACAAGUCUGGUGAUCUUCUGCUCAAUUUACUUACAGACUUGUUGACAUUCAGCAAGAAUCAAGUCGGGCAGUCGCUGAGCUUAGAUGAGAAAGAGUUCAGGCUGCGAGAUGUCAGCUCUCAGACCCUGGCUAUAUUUGAGAAGCAAGCAAAGGAGGGACAGAUCGAUCUUCGGGUCAAGCUUGAAGGCGUUGACGGUGGCGAACUUGGCCCUGGAACUACAGGUCGUUUGCGCGAAAUGAUUCUUUGGGGAGAUGUUCACCGCAUCUUGCAGGUCGUCAUUAACCUCGUUUCUAACUCACUGAAGUUCACGCCAACUGGAGGCUCCGUGGUACUCACUAUCCGAUGCCUUCCUGAACUGCCGGAUUUCGGGACUCGCGCCAGCCGCACGUCGUCCUUGAACUCCAAAGGAGCUCGACCAACCACCUCUUUCUCCGAUUAUCAAAACUCGAACCUGUCGGUGCUAAGAUUGAGCACUGCCAAUGCUAUCAAUGCAAGAGACAAGCCGCAUGCGAUGAGCCGCGUGAGCACAACCGAGCGUCGUUCCUCGCCACCGAACGCCAAGUAUGUGUUCUUCGAAUUCGAAGUACAGGACACUGGGCCUGGAAUACCUGAGAGCCAACAAGACAGGAUCUUUGAGCCGUUUGUGCAAGGAGAUCUCGGACUCAGUAAGAAAUUCGGCGGCACUGGUCUUGGUCUGAGUAUAUGCUCGCAGCUAGCGAGCUUAAUGCGCGGUCAGAUAUCAGUGCGCAGUUCUGUAGGGCUUGGGAGUACUUUUACUCUAAAAAUACCCCUGCGGUAUACGCAAUCUCGCGCGGAAAGUUUCAACACACUGGCUGGUGAUCGUGGAGGGGAGACUACUAGCCGCAGCUCCUCAGUCGACGGUAGCGAGUUCCAUGGCCCCGUAGAAUAUGCAGAAAGCAUGACUCCGCCACCGCCAGAGGGCCAAACGCCUGGAAAGCCGCGAUCGCUAGGUCAGGAUUCGAAACCACGUUUGGUCGGCUUGUCGCAGCCUUUCUUUGCUACAGACCAACCUAUGGAGUCGCCUGGAUCGCAAACAGGCGCGAUGAAACAGAUUGCCGCUGAAGCCACUCGAGGUGGCAGGAUCCGUGUGCUUGUUGCUGAAGACAACAAGAUCAAUCAGGAGGUAGUCCUGCGGAUGCUCAAGCUGGAGGACGUAUACGAUGUCACCGUGGCAAAGGACGGCCAAGAAGCGCUCGAUAUCGUGAAGGAUUCAAUGCGCGGCGGUAGCCCCCCGUUCAACCUGAUCUUCAUGGAUGUUCAAAUGCCCAAUGUUGAUGGGAUCCAGAGCACGAAGCUCAUUCGCGAGAUCGGAUACCAGGCGCCAAUAGUGGCACUGACUGCCUUCGCGGAGGAGAGUAACAUCAAAGACUGUUUGGACUCGGGAAUGAAUUACUUUCUCUCGAAACCUAUCCGAAGACCACAGUUGAAGAAGGUGCUGAAGGAGUAUUGUGCUCCCAUACCGGAGGAACCCGAAGUGGAAGAGCGAAGAGGCAGUGCGGCCAGCACCACAGUAGUCGUUGUCAACGGCGGUCCAACCGCUGCUACCCUUCCUGAGAUCAUGCCCGCCACCUUGGUCCCAAGCAACGAUACAGGCCCACCAACGAGGCCCGACAUUCGACCCGUGUCGCCCAGAGACACUUCAUGA